AUGCUGUUUAUAAUUUUUUCACUUUGUAGAAGUGCAACAGAUUCGCAAGAAAUUAACAGUUCCUGCCCAGUCUCCGUUGAUAAGUGUACCUUUGUGACUACAACUAAUGAAUCAAUUGCAGAAGAUACCCCAAUAGGAAUUCCAUUUAAUACAACAUGUACGUUAUAUCUAACAGAGUGCAAAACUUAUGGGUGCUAUACAAUAUUUGACCUAACGCAAUUCCUGAAGUGGGGAUAUUCUUCAGAUAUUUCGUAUUCAUUCUUUAGGGAAGUAAAAUUAUCUGCAGAGUAUAAUUUAACAGAUUCUGGUAUAGUGUUUAGACCAACAACAGAGAAUUUCUGGCUUAAUUUCACUACAAAGACGGCUGAUGAAUUUUUCACGAUUCAUCCUUAUGAAAGCAAAGAAGAUCCAUCAGCUUCAUAUAAUAUUUCUCAAAUUGUUGAUGGUAUGCCAUUUUGUUCUAAAUUCUAA